AUGACCGCCGCAACCACCGUCCAAGGCCACUGCGACGCCAAAUUCUCGCGCGUCAGAGAUCUGCUCCAAAAGUACACCACCUCGGGCGCCGAGCUCGGCGCAUCCGUCACCGUGAACAUCGACGGCAAAGACGUCGUCGACAUCUGGGCCGGAUACGCCGACGUGGACCGCACCCGCCCGUGGCAGAAAGACACCAUCACAAACACCUUCUCGACCACCAAGACCGUCGUCGCGCUCGCCAUCCUGGUCCUCGUCGACAGGGGCCUUCUCAGCGUGACCGACAAGGUGUGCAAGUAUUGGCCCGCCUUCGCCGCGAAUGGAAAACAAGACAUCGAGAUCCGCCAUAUCCUCUCGCACACGUCGGGCCUCCCUGGGUUCGACGCGCCCCUGACGGUCCCUGAUGUCUGCGAUGCGCCGAAACUCGCGGCCUUGCUCGCGGAGCAGGCGCCCUGGUGGACACCCGGGAGGGAGUCGGGCUACCACUCCUUCACGCAGGGGUAUUUGCUCGGCGAGAUCGUGCGGCGGGUCACGGGAAAGUCGCUGAAACAGUUCAUCGCUGAGGAGAUCGCGGGGCCGCUGGGCGCGGAUUUUCAAUUAGGGUGCGCUGAGCAAGAUGAGCAUCGAAGGUGUGAUGUGGUUCCUCCGCCCCCGCGUGCGAGGAGCGCAACUCUCGAUCCCACGUCCAUCAGGGGGCGCGUGGUGACGAAUCCAGGCAUGAAGGCCGAGUUUGCCAACUCCGAGGCCUUUCGACGCGCCGAGAUCGGGGCGGGGAACGGCCACAGUAACGCGCGAGGCGUGGCAAGGAUCUUGUCGGUUCUUUCGCGGAAUGGGCAGGUCGCCGCGAGCGAGAGUGCGAGAAAGAGUGCCGGUGAAAGCAAGAGCGAGAGCAAGCAAUUCCUAUCACCCGAAAUCAUCAACCUGAUCUUCCAGGAACAGUACAAAGGGUUGGACCACGUGCUUGACACGGGCGGCAGGCCAAUUCGGUGGGGGAUCGGGUUCGGGUUGACCGGUCGCGACACGUGGAUUGAUUUCUUGCCGGAAGGGAGGGUGUGUACUUGGGGUGGGUAUGGGGGAAGUAUGGUCGUCGUGGAUCUGGAUCGGAAGCUGACGAUCGGGUAUGUGAUGAAUCGGAUGGAGGAGGUGGGGUUGGGGAGUCCCAGGGCGAGGGAGUAUAUUGAGGCGGUGUAUGAGGCGCUGAGGUAA